CACACCCACAAAAUAGAGACAAAUCCCCCCAAAAAUAGCAAAUCGACUUUUGAUUGAUACAAAUCUCUCUCUCUCAAAUAAAUUUGACCUCAAUUAUAACUCGAUUAAUCCCAAAAUCCCACUGCAGCAUGGAAGCUGAUGUCUUGAUUUCACCAUAGUUUGAAACCGCUUUUUUAGAUUUAUUGAGCAAGAAAACAAGAAGAGUGUUUUGUGUGAUAUCGGAUCAAGUUUGGAUUUUUACGGUUGGAUGAAGAUGUCUGAUUUCUGGGUAUUAAUCUGCUGCUUUUUUUGUUUAAUGGGCCCUUUUGUGGCUCAUGGCAAUGUGGUUUUGAUAGGCAACAAUGUUACUCUCUCGUUUGAAGACAUUGGAGCUAGUUUUGCUCCGUCUGUUAAAGAACCUGGGAUAUGUGGGAUAGUGUAUAUGGCCAAGCCUUUGGAUGCCUGCUCGCCACUGACUAAUAAAGUCGUUACAGCAGUGAGUAACACCACGUCUCCGUUUGUGUUAAUAGUCCGAGGAGGGUGUAGCUUUGACGAGAAAGUCAGAAGAGCGCAGGCUGCAGGGUUUAGUGCGGCCAUUGUGUAUGAUAACAAAGUUGGUGAUUUGACGGCAAUGUCUGGAAAUUCUGUGGGUAUAAAGAUUCAUGCUGUGUUCGUUAGCAAAGCCACUGGUGAGACGCUAAAGAAGCAUGCCAAUGCUACCGAUAUGGAGGUGUGGAUAGUUCCGAGCUUUGAAGACUCAGUGUGGGCUAUAAUGGCUAUCUCCUUCAUCUCGUUGCUCGCCAUGUCCGCUGUGUUGGCCACCUGCUUCUUCGUCCGAAGGCAUCGGAUUAGAAGAGAACGGCCUCAAGCUCCUAAUGUACGAGAAUUCCACGGGAUGAGCAGCCGCCUGGUGAAAGCCAUGCCAUCCCUAGUGUUCACGGCCGUUCUCGAGGACAACUGCACUUCCGCAACGUGCGCCAUAUGUCUCGAAGACUACACCAUGGGCGAGAAGCUACGGAUACUUCCGUGUCGACAUAAGUUCCACACGAUGUGCGUCGAUGCGUGGCUGACGUCGUGGAGAACGUUCUGCCCGGUAUGCAAGCGCGACGCCAGGACCAUCAACGGCGAACCACCAGCGAACGAAUCCACGCCAUUGCUCUCGUCCGCCUCAGGUUCCUACGCCACCACCUCCUCGCUCUUGUCGUCUUUUAGGUCGUCGCUAGCGUCAUCAUCGGCCAUCCAAAUAGGUCCACCUUCUUCUCGUCCCCAGUCCGUUUCCUCGACCCCUUACAACCCGCAUUCGCUCGUCUCCCAUAACCAAUCCCCUCACCUGAACGCUAGCCGGAGCUCAGCCGACCUCCGGAACAUGUCGUCGCAGCGAUCUCUCGGAGCUUAUUUAGUCUCACCCCACUCGUUAGGUUACCCCUCCUUGUCAUCUCUCAACUCAAGAUACAUGUCCCCUUACAUCCCGAGCCCCGGCGUCGGCUCCUCGAGCCGUCAAGUUAACCUGCUGCAUUAUAGCGAGUCGACCGCGAGCUUCCACGAGGGGUCUUCGAGCCGUCAAGCUAACCUUUUGCGCUAUAGCGAGUCAGCCACGAGCUUCUCGCCGUUCGCCUCGGCGCAGUCACUGCCGGAUUGUUAGUGAAGCUUGUAAAUUUGCCACACAAGUUUGAAAUUUUACUGAUAAACUAUUUAAGUCGAAGAUCUUUACCUGCUAAGGUUUUUGGUGCUUCAUUUUGUAAAAGCCUGUGCCUUUUUUCAAUUAUUUCGAUUUUUUUUUUUAAUUUGUGGGUUUUGCUCUUGGCUUGUAUAUUCGGGUUUGUUGGUUUUAUUUCCACUUUGAGAGUAAGUUCAACUGGUUUCAUAUUCAA